CAAUGUUCUAAACAGCUCCAUGCAGAGAGAAAUUUUAGCCAUUUGGCAACAUUCACUAAUAUUCUUGAAGCAGAAGCUUGGUGUUGUUCAACUCGGCGUACGUGUGGUACUGCAAAAACGUGUAGAUUGUGCAUGAAGACACUGAAUCACAUAUAAAAUGGUUAAUACGAAAGGUUACAGACGUGGUACAAGGUACCUUUUUUCCAGAAAAUUCCGUCACCAUGGUGUGGAACCUUUGUCUACAUUCUUAAGAGUAUAUAAGAGAGGAGAUAUUGUUGAUAUUAAAGGAAAUGGAGCUUUUCAGAAGGGUAUGCCCUAUAAAUACUAUCAUGGAAAGACUGGGAAGGUUUUCAAUGUCACUCCUCAUGCUGUUGGAGUUAUAGUUAAUAAGCGAGUGAGGAACCGUAUUAUUCCCAAACGUAUCAAUGUCAGAGUGGAGCAUGUGAAACAUUCAAAAUGCCGUCAAGAUUUCCUUGAAAGAUUGAAAGAAAAUGAAAAGAAGAAAAAGGAAGCAAAAGAAAAAGGAAUAAGAGUUAAUUGCAAGAGGCAGCCUCAACAGCCGAGAUUGGCGCAUCUUGUUCAAACAAAAAACAAUGAACCACAAUAUUUGGAACCUAUACCAUAUGAAUUUAUUGCAUAAUUAAUAUCUUGUAACAAUAAAUUGUAACAAGCAAU